GUGUGGGGACUGCGGUGGGUCCGGGUGCUGCGGCAGCCGCAGCGCCAGCCGCGGCUCGGGCUCCGGCUCCCGGGCAUUUAAAGGGGACGCGGCGGCUGCCCGGGGGGGAUGGGGGGCAGGUGGAGGGGGCGGCCCAGACGCGCAUCAUCCACGGCCCCUCGGGACUGGAGGGACUCGUGAGCCGGAGCCCAGAAAUCCGGGGGUGGAUAAGACACCGCGUCCCCUCCAAUUCCCCCAUCUGGAGAAGCUCCUAGACCCUGUCCCCCUUUUCUCUGAGGGACUCUUUGGUGACCACAAAAGGAUUUGGUCACUUAGGACAAAGCUGCCAGAGAACUUGUGUGGUUGUCAGGAGCUCUGGACGACGGCUGGAGACCGACAGAGUCCCUACAGGUGGUACCCAGGGUGAUGCACUGACAAUGAGCGGGUGUUUUCCAGUUGCUGGCCUCCGAUGCCUGUCUAGGGUAUGUCGUGGCCUGGCGCGGGAAGCUCCUACCUCCCCAAGCCCCACUGCUUCUGCUGCCCGCUGCCUUCGGACUCUGGCAGAAACCCCACCCGCUGACGUGUUCCUCCCAGGGAAUUGGUCUUGGAUGUGCCAGCGCCUCUGGCCAUGGCCCGCUAACCAGCCUCUCCCCGGCCGGCCCGCGCCGCGCCCCCUCUCGCUUGCUCCCUCCUCCUCCUCCUGCUCCUCCCCCCCCUGCUCCCAGGACGGCGGGAUGGCCGCGCAAGGCGCGCCGCGCUUCCUCCUGACCUUUGACUUCGACGAGACGAUCGUGGACGAAAACAGCGACGACUCGAUCGUGCGCGCCGCGCCGGGCCAGCGGCUGCCCGAGAGCCUGCGGGCCACCUACCGCGAGGGCUUCUACAACGAGUACAUGCAGCGCGUCUUCCAGUACCUGGGCGAGCAGGGUGUGCGGCCGCGGGACCUGCGCGCCAUUUACGAGGCCAUCCCCCUGUCGCCCGGCAUGAGCGACCUGCUGCAGUUCGUGGCCAAGCAGGGCUCCUGCUUCGAGGUGAUCCUCAUCUCGGAUGCCAACACCUUCGGCGUGGAGAGCGCGCUGCGCGCCGCGGGCCACCACAGCCUGUUCCGCCGCAUCCUCAGCAACCCGUCGGGGCCCGACGCGCGGGGGCUGCUGGCGCUGCGGCCCUUCCACACGCACAGCUGCGCGCGCUGCCCCGCCAACAUGUGCAAGCACAAGGUGCUCAGCGACUACCUGCGCGAGCGGGCCCACGACGGCGUGCACUUCGAGCGCCUUUUCUACGUGGGCGACGGCGCCAACGACUUCUGCCCCAUGGGGCUGCUGGCGGGCGGCGACGUGGCCUUCCCGCGCCGCGGCUAUCCCAUGCACCGCCUUAUCCAGGAGGCGCAGAAGGCCGAGCCCAGCUCCUUCCGCGCCAGCGUGGUGCCCUGGGAAACGGCCACCGACGUGCGCCUCCAUCUGCAACAGGGAACUCCCGACCCCGAAAGCCUCCGGGUCGCGCCGGAAUCCCAGCGGAGAGAGAUGAGGCUCUCCACCGACAGCCUCAGGCCUAGGUCUUGCUUCACCUACCGCGUCUCCACACUACACCCUUUUUCUUCUUGCCUCCCUUCCCGCGCCCCACCCCACCGCCCACCCCCAUCAGCAUCCCCAAAGUGGGGCGGGGGGGUGGGAAGCCGGAGGGAACAGUCGCCUCCUGGCGGUGGAACGAGGUAGCACACUGUCCGGCUGGGGUCCAUCCAGCCUGGGACCUCGCAGCGCGCGACGGUGUCUCCUCUCACCCCAGCCUCGUCUAUGGAGCAAGAGACCAGGGACUUUACCAAAGUCGCCCCGCGGGCUGGGCUCUCUGCGCCCCCCUCCUCCAGUAUGGAACAGAAAGCCAUGAUGUUUUAAAGCAGAGCCAGCGAAAGCCAAGCCCCUCCUCCCUCUUUGGUGUUUUAGAGCUAUAAAGGAGGUGAAGGGGGGAA